UUCUUGGGAGAAAUGCAGCGGGAGAAAACACGAAACGAAAAUGGUUCCACCGACGACGCUUUUCUGAUUCCUGAAAUUCCGAUAGAGAGGGCCGAGGGGGAAAGCGCCGUUUGCAUUUUCUCCUCCUGAUCGGAACUCCAACUCUUCGAAUCCCUUCGGGCGUCGGAUCUGCCAUUUCGAGGUAACUGCAAUUUUUCGUAGCCAUCGCCAAGUUUGAUCUUUCUCGCACCACUGUGAGAAAUUGCUGGAUCCGGAACGGAUGCCGUUGUAAAGAUCCAUCUUUUCCCCUUCCAGUGACCACAAUCUGUCGCGCUUCAUACCGAUUUCUGAAUUCCUCGGUGAAAUAGGAGUUCUUUUUUUUUUCUCCGGAUCUCCAUUGAGUCAAAGAUGGUCUUCUGGGAAGGGUACAUCAGUGAUGAGUUGAUGGGCACCUUUGCCCCCGUCGUAGUGUAUUGGCUGUACGCUGGACUGUAUCAGCUCCUGCCUUCCCUGGACCAGUACCGAUUGCAUACUAGAAAAGAACAGGAGCAGAAGAAUGUGGUGCCUUUACCCUCUGUGAUUAAGGGAGUUUUGCUUCAGCAGCUGGUUCAGGCCACGGUUGCAGGGCUCAUGUUCUUGGUGACUGCCAAGCCAAGUUCAAGUAGCUUAGCUCAGCCACCGUUACUCGUCCAAUUGAUCCAAAUCGCGGUAGCAAUGUUCAUAAUGGACACAUGGCAAUACUUCAUUCAUCGAUACAUGCACCAGAACAAGUUCCUGUACCAGCAUGUCCAUUCACAGCAUCAUAGACUUAUUGUUCCUUAUGCUAUUGGUGCCCUUUACAAUCACCCACUGGAGGGACUUCUUCUCGAUACCUUUGGUGGGGCCAUCUCAUUCCUGAUCUCAGGGAUGACUGCACGAACAUCGGUCUUCUUCUUCUGCUUUGCUGUAAUGAAGACGGUGGAUGAUCAUUGUGGCCUUUGGCUACCUGGAAACAUUUUCCAUAUCCUCUUUCAGAACAACACUGCCUACCAUGACAUCCAUCAUCAACUCCAGGGCACAAAGUACAACUACUCCCAGCCGUUCUUCUCGGUAUGGGACAGAAUGCUGGGCACCUACAUGCCUUUCAGCUUGAUGCACCGCCAAGAAGGUGGAUUCGAGGCAAGGAUACUAAAAAAGAUUACUUGACAUGUUCAAAGACAGAUUUCAGUGGUAUGCAUAAAAAUAUACCAGUUGUUGAGAAUCUAUGCAGUUCAAUUCUCUCUCUCAAAAAAAAAAUAAUAAUAAAACAGUAGGACGUUUGAUUCUUCAUUUCUGCUUGUUUCAGUCUCUUUAUUCAGCUCAAUUGUUCAGUCAUUGCCACUGGCUCACACACUACAUGUUCAUCUAGGAAUUCUGAGAUUCCCAACUUCAUUAAUGUUUCGAAAUUUACUUGAAUAUCCCGAAACUUGUGGAUCAGAGUUUUCUUAUGUAAUUUGUGGGAAAUUGAUGUAGAGAAGAGGCAACCUAAAGUGUAAGAUUGUAUAUUUUUUUUCCCCUUUCCUUUUAAACCUUACAACUUGUAUCUUGGUGUGAGGAUGACAUCCUAACUAAUGAUUCCAGCAACCGAAGGCCACAGACUUCUCCGGCCCUCACAGCACCUACUUCACCAUGAUGAAGUGUACGAUACAUGGAUGGUUUAUCGAUCUAAAGUUGCUAGAUUUGGCAGAGGCACCACCAGUUGCAUGAAUCUCACAAAGCCAUAUCGUUGUCUGAAAGAGACAUGUCUGUAAAAUAACACCUGGAUCACUGUUCCUCCACAUGGAUCUGUACCUCCAUGGUUAUGUCAGGAAGCAAUGCAACAGCGCCACCAUCUUCCUCCCUGUUCUUUAUAUCUAUGUCUGUGAAUUAACUUUAAUUUGGUCCCCGCAUGGCUUGUUCCUCGUUUUAUGAACUAGUUAAAGGCAGAGAAAUGUAAUUCAGGAACCAUGGAAUCGUGUGUAACAAAAUGUAAUGAGAAAAAACUUUUCCUUUG